AUGCCAGCCAUGGCUGUGAGCCUUGAGCAAGCCACAUCGAAACUGACCUUCUUACGCGAAGGAUUCGGAUUUAAUUUCCAGAUAGAGAUCUUUCUUCCGAAAUCUUCCAUUGAGCUACAACAACAGAAUUCUUCCGACCAAGAUAUCAAGAGUUAUCUCCGUUCUAUUGAUAGAAGAAUCGGGAAUCGCGGUAUUGUCGGAGGUUGGAUUGAUAAUCCCAAUUCAGACACAUCAGUGUUGAUCGUAAAUGUCGACAUGCAGGUGGCCCGCGACAGAGACAUCGUAUCUUGGGCUAAACGUUGA